CGUGAUGUGAGUCAGUGUUUGUCCGGUCACGAUGAUGGCUGGAGGUGGCGGGAAGUCGGGGGUCGCUUGUAUGAUUGUCCUGAUCUCCAUUUUGCUUGCAUUGGCUUCUGGUCAGACGAGUGUCAAACCGCAAGCGAAACAACCACACAGGGUUGUUAAAGUUAAGUCGGAAUGCUGCGUAGGGAGAACUGGCCUUUCUACCAUCAGCGUCCUGUCCGACUUCCCAGUCGUUGUCGAGGUCUUCUGCAAGAACGGCGUUGUCGCCAGGCCCAUCACGACAGACGGAGUGACGUACAUCCAGAAAGCAGCCUUCGAGGACAAUUCAUCGACUCCGUGUGUUUUUGAGGAAAUGAAGGAGUCGCUGGUUUACAGGGUCAAGGUCAGGGUCUCCUGGAAGACGAGGGUGAAGGGUAUCUAUUUAAAAGGCACAGGGAAGUAUUACACUGUCACGUGUAUCUAUGGCGAAAAAGCGCACAACACCAGUCAGGCUAUUGAAAUUGACAGCAGCUACCAAAUCUACGAUGAGAUUAUCCAGAACAAGGGGUCGGCGAUGACAUCUGAUGUCAGCAUGACUCUAGUGGGCCCGCUUGGUCGACCUGUGAGGAACACGAUCCUCUUAGGGAGUCGCCUACGAAUACAGGCCACGGUCAAGGGCGACGUGCACGUGCGGCCUGUGAGCUGCUGGGCAACUAAUGGGAAUAACACUUUCCGCGUUCUUCUGGGAGGAUGCGGGGAUGGUGAUAUUUUCAAAAAGAAUGUCGGCUUCCACAUCAACGGGACAAUGAUAAGGAGCCCCCUGUUCCGUGCAUUUCGACUUCCUGGCUCGAAAGUCAUGAGCUUCAAGUGCAUUUUCGCUGCGUGCGACAACCCAGUAACCUGUGAUGGGAGUUCCUGUUACAAGGAAGAGACGUUAUCUGACGAAAGUUUCGUAGAUAAUUACACGACGCCAACAUUACCAAUACUCAUAACCGAGUUCACUACCAGGCCAAACCGGACGUAGAUCAACAGCCGAUUGGCCAACAGAGUGGACCGCAGACUGCCACGAACUGUCUGAAUAUGUGUGACACCACACCUUGCGGAGUUGGGGACAGGAACGACCUGUGAUGGGGACGUGGGCGGCUGAACAUAGGAUGCGCACCUUGCAGGGGAUGCAGGGACGGCAUCACGUUGGCGGCAAGCCCGUCCCGAUUUUGAUAUUGUACACGCAUGGCGUUAGUAAAUGUUAUUAUUGUA